AUGAACAACCAUCCGACAUCUCCGCCUGGCAAGAUGACGCUGCCGCCACGAGCCCCCCAUCCUUCGGUGCCAGUGCCCCGCACCGACCACCCAUCCCGACGCCACAGUGGCGCCGCAUCUAGUACCUCCACCAAGGGAAUGUCAACGUAUUCACCAUCUUCUCGGGAAAGCAUUCGCCACCGCCGCAAGAUGAACAAGAGAAGGCUUCGCGCAGAGCAAGCCGCUCGCACACAACGACUUAGCAGCGAAGUAGCGGCGUUGCAAGGGGACAUCCGCCACCUGCAGAUGCACCUGCUGUCCGUUGAAAAGCAAACGUCGUCUGCACCUGCGGUUGCUGUCCCCAUAGCUCGUUUCGGCGAAACGUUCAAUCAUCUCCCCACCGUGGCCGAGUCGAUUUCGUUCACACCGCUGGUAGCGACCGUCCAGGACGAGGCGACGGCGGAGGCCCAAUUGAGGCACUUUGUGCAUCGGUUUCAACACGGGUGGACUCCGGAGGCGUCGGCCGACCUCGACCACAUCGUUGAUGGCAACGUCGAGGUGGUGGACCACCUAGGAGCUAGUGUCACUACCAGCUAUGAGCAAGUUGCUGGCGAGCCAAUCACGGGGGUACGGCGCCUCGAGGCCACAUGGAGACGUUUCUGCGACACGUUUCAUGGCUUUCACAUGGGGCUGCAGCAACUCGUGUCGCUCGAGCCGCCGCGGGAAUGGCUGCUCUUGAUCACGUUGACGUUGCAAUUGACGAAUGAGACCCUCGCGCUGCACUACCCUCAUGUGGUUCAAACGGCAAAGUCCACCGGAGGGGCCAAGGCAAUCGAGAUCGCAGCCAAGCUGACGGCGUCGCCCCUGCGCCUCGACGUCCAGUGCCACGUGUGGCUGGAUGGACAUUUCAAGAUUGUAAAAGUCCACACCGUCGUGGGGUGGGCGGCGGCUCUGUUGGCAUGUCUGGGCGACCCCGAUGAUGUCGUGUGGGUGCUGACUUCGCCUUGCCCGGUUUACAACUUUCCCCAAGGCGAGUUUUGA